AGAAGGAAAAUUGGCGAGUGAUUCCAUAUGGGCAAUUGUGCAUCUUCUCAAUACACAAGCGAAGGAGGAAAUUUGAGUUGGAAAUCCAGCGUGAACGUAAUAGACAUGGAGGGCAAGCUUCAACAACUGAAGGAAACGAAGAAGGCGGGGCAUGUUCUGUCUCAGAACCUAAACUGUUUUAUGUGCAGCUCCGAAUCCAUGUACAUUGGGUCUCCCAUACCUCAUGUGGAUCCAAGUGAAGAGCUUCAAUUAGGACACAUUUACUUCCUAUUGCCUCUCUCUAAAUCCUAUGGAACACUUUCGCUUCAGGAUUUGUGUGCUCUGGCCAUCAAGGCUAAUGCAGCUCUUGUUCAUUCUCACACACCUUCUGCUGCUAAUUCAACCGCUUCUGCCACCUAUUCAAUCUCAAGAAAAUCAUUUUCACUUAAGCACAAAAAUCUUGUCAACAAUUCAGGUCUUCCAUGUGUCUCUUUGAGAGUUUGAAGGUAGAAUUUUGACAUGAAAUCAAAUCGAGUCGUUGAAGGAAGCGGAUUGGAGGCAUCAAGAAUAUCCAGAGUACAGCCAGAGGACAGAAGGAAGUGGGAUAGAAAACCAACAUGCUGAGAGAUGACUGCUGCUAGUGUUGUGAGAUCCAACGGUUCUGACGGCCGGAAUUAAAAGUGUUAAUCAUGUUUAUGUGUAAGGUUUUUUUCUUCAUUAAUUGUGAUUCGUGAGAGUUUGAGUCCAUAAAUAUUAGCUUAAUAGGCCUUGACCAUCUGAGAAA